GGCGGAGCAAAGACGAGAAGUUUAACGUCAUUUUGCAGAAGUGAAACUGUGAGAGAGCAGCAGCAGAGCUGCAGUCGAGUCCUGUUUGUCUCUAAAAGAAGAUUCACUGGAGUCCAUCAGGUUUCUCUCAGCAACAGUGAGUGCAGACAUGUCUGCUGCCAGCAAUCUGCGAUCUGAAGAUCAGUUUCUGUGCUCCAUCUGUCUGGAUGUGUUCACUGAUCCAGUCUCUACACCAUGUGGACACAACUUCUGCAAAACCUGCAUCAGUCAGCACUGGGACAUGAAUCAGAGCUGUCAGUGUCCCAUGUGUGAAGAGACUUUCUACACUAGACCUCAGCUGAGGGUCAACACCUUCAUCUCUGAGAUGGUUGCUCAGUUCAGACGUGAAGCUCAGCAGAAAGCCAGCAGCAGCAGCUCAGAGCAACAAGCUGCCAAACCAGGAGAAGUUCCCUGUGACGUCUGCACUGGAACCAGACUGAAGGCCCUGAAGUCCUGCCUGGUGUGUCAGACCUCCUACUGUCAGACUCACCUGGAGCCUCAUCUGACAGUGAAACGUCUGAAAAGACAUCAGCUGAUUGAUGCUGUGGAGAACCUGGAAGGCUGGAUGUGCACGAAGCACGAUAAACUUCUGGAGCUGUUCUGUAAGACCGACCAGACAUGUGUCUGCAUGCUCUGCUCUGUUUUAGACCACAAGAACCACGAGUUUGUUCCUCUGAGAGAAGAAUAUGAAGGAAAGAAGGCAGAGCUGGAGAAGACAGAGGCUGAGAUUCAGCAGAUGAUCCAGAAGAGACGACUGAAGAUUCAGGAGAUCACAGAGUCGGUGAAGAUGAGUAAAGAUGCUGCAGACAGACAGGAAGGGAAACAUCACACUGAGACCUCAGGAUGGUUUCUGGACUGUAGGGCUGAGAAAUGGAAAUGAGUACAAAGCUCUUGCUGACCCUCCAGUCCGUCUCUGUCUUCAUCCUGGUCCUGAGAAGGUGGGGGUGUUUGUGGAUUAUGAGGAGGGUCUGGUCUCCUUUUAUGAUGUAGGUGCUGCAGCUCUGAUCUACUCCUUUACUGGCUGCUCCUUCACUCACAAACUCCACCCAUACUUCGAACCCUGUAACAAUGAUGGUGGUAAAAACUCUGCACCUCUGAUCAUCUGUCCUGUCCAUCAAACUGAGUCGAUCAACGACUGAUUUUAUUGGAUGAACUGAUUGAUUUUUCUUGAAGGGACCAAAUGAACAUAUUGAGUGUAAAUCCUCUACAGUCUCCAUGUUUCUAUAGAAUCUGAUCAUCAGGACUCUGAUUCACACUUUGAUUCUCAUGGAGUUUGAUUUGAACAGAAGAAAAGUUGAAUCAGGAAAUGUUCCCACUGAUGGAGACUCGAGCUGAAGAGCAAAUAUCAGAGAAUAAAUGUCCAAAAGCUUCAUUUACAAUAAAGUUUGUUCAAUGCUUUGAGUGAA